GACAAAAUGUUUCAAAAUAAAGAGAAAUUAAUUGAAUGAAAAGAGUUGAUUGAAAAAAUUAGUCUUUUCGAAACCUAUUGAUACAUAGAAAUCUUAAACAGUCUUUUCAUCAGAAAAUGAAUCUAGUAUAACCAUGAAACAAAAACCACCUGCAGAUUUGGUAAACCAAUCGGUUAAAUUACAAAUCAUCAACAAAUUUAACAAAUCUAUUUCAAUUUAGAUUGAAGUAAGACGCUGCUGAAAUGAAGAAGCAUAGUUCAGUAGCAAAGGCAUAUAUCAUGUCAAUCAAGGCGGUAAUUUUGUCAAUUUCCGUUGGUUGUAAUCUUGCGACAAUAUUGCGAGAGAGCUGCCAGUAUUAUGGAGACUUUAACAUCGUUUUACAAGACAUGGCAGUGACAGGCAAUGUGUUAAAAUCCUUUGUAGGUAAAACAAAGCGGCAAUGCACACUUGAGUGUAUGUCAAGCCUUGAAUGUCAAUCACUGAACUUUAAAGAAGACGAUGGACAAUGUGAGUUGCUUGAUCGGAAUUUGACAUCAAGUAUGACAGCUAUCAGCAAAAGACUUGGCUGGGUGUACAUGACAACAGACGAAGAAGCUUCUAAUGUUGGUCCACGGUGUGCAUUAUUGUCUCCUUGCCGAAAUGGUGGUAAAUGUGUGGAUACAUGCACGGAAGAUGGGUUCAAGUGCCAAUGCAAAGAAAUGUUUACAGGCAAAUAUUGCGAAAAUGAAAGAAGCUUUGCCAGUUGCCAAGCAGCCUACAUAGCGGGUUAUCGCAAGGAUGGUGUUUACUUGCUUUCAAACAUUGGACACCAUUAUUGUGUUCUGAAUAGGACGACGAAUUGUGACGGAGUUGGAGGCUGGACACUGGUGUUAAAGACGGAUGGAAGACUGAACACAUUUCGAUACGAGUCAAGUCACUGGACAUCAAGCAGUGUCUACAACCACGUUUAUGCUUUGACAGAGGGUUUUCUUGGCGACCAGGAAGCGAAGUUCCCAGCAUUCAAUGCAUUGCCAUUUACUCGAGUUUGUGUAGGGAUGAGGUCGGGAAGUGAGAAAAGCUACAUUACUCUAGGUCAUAGAUCAACAUCACUUUUGACAUACUUUCAAGGCUCCUUCAAAGCAACUGAUCAGCUAAGUAAUUGGCGCAAUUUGCUGAAAGGAAGCCAGCUCCAGCCCUAUUGCAAUAGACAAGGGUUCAAUAACGUCAUUACCGGUAGUGUAGACGCUCGAGUGAGGAUUGGAAUCCUUGGCAACAACGAGAACGACUGCAUCACCCCUGAUUCAGCCAUUGGCAUAGGUAUUGGCGGUUCUCAUUUACAACCCACUGGUGUUUAUACUGGAGCGACAAUGAGUGCACAGAAGGUUUUCGCAUAUAUACUCAUAAAAUAAGUAGAUCUGAAGUGAAGAAGCAAUGAUAACGAAUUGAUUUCAUCAUUUUUCGACUAAUAUCUAGCACUUUAAGAGCACAGUAUAAAAGCUAUACUUUGUAAUGUCCAGUGGGUUACGUGGCAAGGCAUCCGCAUCUCCAUUUGUCUUUCCUGGACGAUGAUAAAUUCUAAACUUAAAAUCAGCUAACUCUCCCAACCAUCAAAGUGUUGUUUUAUCUAAACGCGCUGUGGUCAGCACAUAUGUAAGCGGACUGUUGUCUGUAAAUAUGCCAAAUAGUGUUGAAUAGCAAAGAUAAUCUCUGAACUAGUCUGUAAUGGCCCACUUUAAGGCAACAAACUCUAAUUUCCCACUGUACAUAUGAUAAUACUUUGCACAUUGAGUUAGUGUACCAGAUUCAUAUGAUAUGAUUCCUUUUUGGUUAUCCUGUUUUUGGUAAAGAACUGCACCCAAACCCUUUUCGCUUGCAUCAGUGUGAACUAUGUAUGGCAAGUUGAAGUCAAGAUAUCCCUUUAUUGAUGUACUAGUUAUAUGGCUAAUGAGGUGCACUAGCGAUUUCUGAUGUUCCCGUUUCCAUUUUAUCAAUUAUCCAUUUGUUUUCUUUGGUAUUUUUGAGCUUAUCAGAAGCUCAAAACUUUUUGAACUAUUUAAGUAUUUUUAAUCUGUCAGAAGCUCAUUAGUU